UAGUUGGACAUGUGUCGUCUUCUCAUCUGCCGUCGGAUCUCGGGAAUCCUUCCGUUGCUCCUCUUCGUUCGGUCUUCGUUCCCAAAUUCCCACAUCUCUCCUUCUCGUCUCCAAAACUUGCCGAGUUUUUGUUAUUUUUCACCUGUCUCGUGGAAUAUUCCGGCGGCAUCUACCGUGCGCCGGCGGGCAGGGCCAUAGAACGUGAGCGGAUGGCGGCGGAAGACAAGUACAACCGGAAGAACCCGGCGGUCAAGCGGAUCCUCCAGGAGGUGAAGGAAAUGCAAUCCAACCCUUCCGACGAUUUCAUGAGCCUCCCCCUCGAGGAGAAUAUAUUUGAGUGGCAAUUUGCCAUCCUUGGUCCUCGUGAUUCUGAGUUUGAAGGUGGAAUCUAUCAUGGGAGAAUCCAGCUGCCUGCAGACUAUCCAUUUAACCCUCCUUCCUUUAUGAUGUUAACUCCAAAUGGUCGAUUUGAAACCCAGACAAAGAUAUGCCUAAGCAUCUCAAAUCAUCACCCCGAGCACUGGCAACCAUCAUGGAGUGUACGUACGGCCCUAGUGGCCUUGAUUGCUUUCAUGCCGACAAACCCCGAUGGAGCAUUAGGCUCGCUAGAUUACAAGAAGGAAGAAAGACGAGCACUUGCUAUCAAGUCACGUGAAGCUCCUCCCAAAUUCGGAGCUCCAGAACGACAGAAACUAAUAGAUGAGAUUCAUCAAUACAUGCUUAGCAAGGCCCCCCCUGUUCCUCAGAUCCCAUCAACAGCAACUACUGGUGAAGCACCAAAUGAUGCAGCAAGUGAAGAAGGGCAGAUGGAAGCUUCUGAUUCCAAUACUUUGGUGCCAGCUGAGCAGCAUCCACACCCAGAACUGGAGCAGAGGAUUGUGGAAGAUGUGCGAGAGGUUCGUGUGAAUGCUGCUGCUGGUGGGAUAAGACUCAGCUUCAGUGCUGGAGUCAGGUUAUCAAGAAGGGUGCCAGCAGCAGCAAUAGAUGAACAGGCCCAGGGGAAUGAAGCAAGGGUUCAGAAGCCGCCAAUGGAUGAUCGCUUGUUUACUUGGGCAGCCAUUGGAUUGACGGUAGCUAUAGUUAUUCUAUUAGUAAAGAAGUUUCUGAAGUCCCAUGGCGUCGCUGCUGGUUACCUGGAUAUACCGUAGAUUAAAACAGGCAACUAGUUUGGUUAUAAUAAAAAACCAUUCUGAAGCAAAUGAUUCAAAAGUUAUUGUAGUUGAUUAUUUUCUGAGAAUAUGUGAGUGCUGUUCAUAGUUGUAUGUAUUACGAUACAACUUUACCAACCUUGCAUCAUCAUCAACUAUUCAUCUUCUUAA